GGCUCUCCGUCCUUUGCCUCCCCGCCUUUCGCUGCGGGCCGAGUCGCGCGUCGGGCUCCUCUUUCGUCCCUCUCCGCUUCGGCGGCUCUCCUUCGCCGUCAUGGUGCUCGACCUGGACCUCUUCCGCACCGACAAGGGCGGCGACCCGGAGCUGGUGCGAGAGAUGCAGUUGAAGCGCUCAAGGACCCGGCUCUCGGACGCGCUGGUGGCUGCCGACGGGGCCUGGAGAGAUUGCAGAUUCCGGGCAGACAACCUGAACAAACUGAAGAACUUGUGCAGCAAAACCAUAGGAGAAAAAAUGAAGAAGAAGGAACCUGUGGGUAACAGUGACGAAAUACCAGAUCAUGCACAAAAUCUUGACGAACUCACAGUAGACAUCUUAACAAGUCUUCAAGUUAGCCAAAUCAAGAAAAUCCCUCUUAUUGAUGAAGCGAUCCUGAAAUGUGAUGAAGAACGUUUGAAACUGGAAGCAGAACGCUUUGAAAAUCUCCGAGAAAUUGGAAAUCCUCAUCCCUCUGUGCCAAUCAGCAAUGAUGAGGAUGUAGAUAAUAAAGAAGAGAGAGUAUGGGGAGACUGCACUGAGAGGAAGAAGUACUCUCACGUGGAUCUGGUUGUCAUGGUGGAUGGCUAUGAGGGAGAAAAAGGAGCUGUUGUAGCUGGAAGCCGAGGAUACUUCCUUAAGGGACCUUUGGUUUUUCUAGAGCAAGCCCUCAUUCAGUAUGCCCUGCAGACACUGCUUAGCCAGGGAUACACCCCAGUUUAUACACCCUUUUUCAUGAGAAAAGAAGUGAUGCAGGAAGUGGCCCAGCUAAGUCAGUUUGAUGAAGAGCUCUACAAGGUCCUGGGAAAAGGGAGUGAGAAGAGUGAUGAUAAUACCGUUGAUGAAAAAUAUCUAAUUGCUACAUCUGAGCAGCCAAUUGCAGCACUUCACAGGGAUGAAUGGCUGAAGCCAGAAGAUUUACCCAUAAAAUAUGCUGGGCUGUCUACUUGCUUCCGCCAGGAAGUGGGCUCUCAUGGUCGUGAUACCAGAGGCAUUUUCAGAGUACAUCAGUUUGAAAAGAUCGAGCAGUUUGUCUAUGCAUCACCACAUGAUAAUAAAUCUUGGGAAAUGUUUGAUGAGAUGAUUUCCAUUGCUGAAGAGUUCUACCAGUCACUGGGCAUCCCUUAUCACAUUGUGAAUAUUGUCUCAGGUUCCUUAAAUCAUGCUGCUAGUAAGAAACUGGAUCUGGAAGCAUGGUUCCCAGGUUCUGGCGCUUUCCGUGAGCUUGUUUCUUGUUCAAACUGUACUGAUUACCAAGCACGUCGGUUACGGAUACGCUAUGGCCAAACCAAAAAGAUGAUGGAUAAAGUGGAAUUUGUACAUAUGCUUAAUGCCACCAUGUGUGCUACAACACGGACUAUAUGUGCUAUUCUGGAGAAUUACCAGACAGAAGAAGGAAUCAUUGUACCAGAUAAAUUGAAGAAUUUCAUGCCACCAGGUCUAAAGGAAAUGAUAAAAUUUGUGAAACCUGCACCUAUAGAUAAAGAAUUUUCUAAAAAGCAAAAGAAACAGCACGAAGGAGGCAAAACGAAGUCAGCUGGUGGAGACUGUGCUCUAGAAGGGAAGAUGCAAAGCAUGGAUGUGAACAGCCCCUGACAAAAACUCAGCUAGUCUCACUGAGGUGCAAUGUGAAGUUCUUAAAGCUGAGGGGGGCAAGUGUGGGUGUGGGGGUCCCUGGGAUUAGUUGCUGCUUUUUGUCUCCUCUUUCCUAUGUCAGGAACAUGUUACUUUUACUGUCUCAGUUUUUAUCCUCCAAUACAGGAAGAUGAAGCUUCUCAUAGUGAUUAUAUGUGCGUUUCCUUACACUGUGAAAGUGAAAAGCAGUACAAAAGCUGUUGAUUCCCCAGCCCCCAAUCCAUUUUAAAUUAUGUUAAUUAUAUGUGAGAAAAAAAUUCUGUCCAAGCCCAGAAUUGCAAAUUCAAGUGGAGGAAACAAAGCGCUGUAUAAUGUUCAUUUGCUUAAAAAAAAAUCUGUAUAUUGAAAUAAAAGGUAAAGGCAAAUAUCAAAAGGGCAAAUAGGGACUUGUGUAAUUUUAUCAUCAUGAUUUUUAAAAUGUCAUAGGAUUUCUCCUGACUUAGAGGGACUUGAUCAAUAAAGCAAAGAUUUAAGAAAUUG